AUGAGAGGCAGUCAGACGUGAAGAGGUGAAGGCAUCGUGAACCUUAACCUUUACCUAAUGUUCACCUACUGGUUGCAUCUUAGAAAAUUAGCAUGAAGUGACUUCAGUUCUACAGAUGGUAGUAGUGAGUGAGAGAUUAGUGCUGUGUGUGUGUCCUCGAGAAACCAGUAAAAUGUUUCUCCUCUCUGGGAUCCUGAGAACCUUUGAAUGGACGCCUUUUUUUUCAAACCCAGUUGAGUGCUCUCUCCAAGGUCUAGUGGGCGCGUGUGGAGUCUCAGUCCUGUGCAACCUGGCGAGAGUUUAUUACUUCGUUCAGACGUGCAAUGCCUCAGAAGCUGAGAGCAAAGAGAGGUCAUCCUCCGCCGGCAGUGCUCGUACCCCAACGUGGACAACGACGCUCCGGUUCUGGGUCCUGUGUGUCCUCCUGUCUCUGCUGGGACAGCGGGUUUGUUCUCUCAUAGUCCUGGAGUUCACUGUCAGGUCUGUUUCUGCCUGGACGUCAGCUGGACUGGAGUCCCGUGGUGGAAACACGGACAUCCUCCUGAUCCAGUGUCAGUUCUCCCUGGGCUGCGGCCUCGUGUGUCUUCUGGCCUUUCUCCAUCAGGGGGCUCCACACAGCUGGGCCUGCCUGUGUCUGGCGGCCGGGCUCAGCUGGGCGCUGGCAGGCCUCAGUCACAGCCUGUGGAGCCAUGUGGCCAAGCUCUACCCGCUGCAUAGCACAGAGCGUUACUGUGGGAAAUGCAUCACCCUGCUGACCUCCGGACACAACGUACUGGCUUCUCUGCACAGAGUGGUUAUCUUGGCUUUUGCUCUAGCGACUGUGGCUGCCGCCGCAACGGUUUAUGGACAGUUCCUGGUCCAGAAGGAUGCUCUCAAGUUUUGGAUUCCCCUGACUCUCUGCUACACUGCUGUGGUGGUUUAUAGUCCAGAGGAUCAGCACCAACAGAGCGGGACAGACACCCUGUUACAGACGGCAUUCCAGCGGCUGGGAGCCUUAUUAGUGCUGAUGCUGACAGUGGGCGACUGGUCUGAUUUCUUCCAAGUCUUCAUCACUUUCCUGGGUGAAGCUGUCUGUCUGCUGCCUUCUCAAGACCUGCUGGAAGCCGUGCUAGAGGAUAACACAGACAUUGCUUUGAGUCACGAACAGAGCUCCAGACACACAAGGAUGAAACGCACAAGACACUCAUCCUGAAUCACAAUGAAAUGAUUAUUGUUGCUUCACUGUGUGAUGAUAAUUGUGUAGUGACUUUCACAGCUGUUUGAAACUGAAGGAGUUUGUAACGUUACACCGCGUUGCAGCUGCUGUUUUGUUUCCUGCGUGAACAUGAAGAUUCAAGACCCUGGGCUCAGAGGAUUAGUAGCGUCGGCAAAUCUGACUCAUGAAAUAUUUUCUUUUCGCUAUGACGAUGCACUUAUGUUUGUUGCUAGACGUAUAUGUAAAAAAAUAACCAUAAAAUGUAUUAAAUAUUCUGUACGCAGUUUUUUCUGCUUUUGGUUAAAGUAGUUUUAAUAAAAGUAAAUAGAUCAGAGCCAAACCAGCACAAAAUGGAGUAAGACAGGCAAGAAUGAAGCGUGAUGCAUGAGUUGAGAUGCUUUCUGAUUACAUGUACAUUCUACACAUCACAUCAUCAAAGGAACCAAAAAACAAAUGUUUAUUUGAAUAUGCUUAUAAAAUGAGACACUAACACCGAUGGUGGACAUAUGGCUUCAAUUAAAACAGGA